CAUACAUUUUUUGCGCAAAAUGCACGGCUAUGUAGGCCUAAUGUAGCCUAAAUGUAGGGCUACCUACAAUAGUUUAUUUAAUUUGAUCUCAACAGCGCAUCUACUUGCGUUUGUAAAACAACUCAGAUGGGUGCGCGCCAAUGAUGCGCGCACGUAGCCUGGUCCUGACCAUCCCAUAAUACUACCAUUGACCGGCUACCGUUGUUAUAGGAACGUAGUCGCAGUUGCAGCUGCAGUUGCAGUGGUCUGAACGCCUGGAGUAGAACAGCAUGUUGCAGACAGUUGCUGGUUUUUGGAACGUUGCAGCUCGUCUCGUCGCGAAUCUUUGGUGUGAACUGGCCUUAAGGGAAGUGGAGCAAGUUGUUACAUGGUUGACGGUGCACAAGAAAGCUGACAACAAACAUGGUUAAACGUGGUGGCAUUGUAUAGACUAGAGCCUAUUCUACAUUGGCUUCAGUAGCAACAAAAUGGAACUGUUUCAGAUACUAAGGGUGCUUGUGCCAUUUGUGCCAAGGGUAUGCCUGCUCUUAAAUGUUUCCAUUAAAUAGAUCUCCAUUUAUGGUGUGUGGGCACCUUUAAACAUGACCCAAAUGGUGUGUGGGUGUGUGUUUGUUUGUCGGUCACUUUGAACCUCUAGGGCAACAGGCCACUGGGUGUCACUUAAAAAAAACAGAUCAGAUUUAUUGUAGCAACCUGCCUUGGCAACCCAAAGAGUCCUUGCCGACGUCGGUGGAGCUCGUGUAAAGGAAUGUAGCCAGUAAUGAAAAGUUCCUUUUUGACCCGAUGUGCUUUGAGGCUGCUGCACUAAAGUAGAAACCCCCGAAUAGUGUCGACUAUCUUUCUGAUAGUAGCUAUGGGAUGCGGAGCAAGCUCCAGGAUAACAGUAGUGGAACCUGUUAAACCAAGUUCCGACGACGGGGAGCUUAACUACCUGGAGGUGCAGCGGUCGGGAGGGAGUGACCGAGGAGACUCGGCAGUGUCCAAGAAAACCACCGACAGCGGACUGGGCCUGGAGGCAGCCGAGGGCGUGACCCUGCCCGGAGCGAUGCCCAGACAGCUACCCUCGCUCAGAGCAGGUGAUUUGGAUCAGUCCCUGGACUCUACACCCAGACAAGAGUCCAGUGAGAUUCUGGAACAGCUGCUGAGUCAGGGCAUCAUCCCAGCAGCACAGUCCCACACCGCAAGCAGUGGAGAGGCUUACAGCAUUAUGAUGGAGGCGGAGGAGAAGCCCAGGAGGAGACCUCCACCCAGACUGGAGAAACUGAAGGAGAGGAAGACGUCAGGAGUGACACCAGCUGACACCAAGGAGGACAUCGAGGACAAGAUGAGACAAGCAGAGGAGAGACGACAGCUUAAAGAGGAUGAGAUGAAGGUUCGACUGAGGACCAAGUCAGCUCGCCACCGCCAGGCUGCAGCAUGGGCACAGGCUGAGGCUGGAGCUGGAGCUGAGGACGGAGCUGAGGCACGGGGGGAGACAGAGGCAGAGGGCCAGGCUGAGGUGGAGCAGCUCCAACCAGAUACCCCCAGCUCCAGCUCCAGCUCCUCCAAGACACCUGACCCCCAGAAACACACCAGCGAGCCCCUGACAAACGGGUCAGAGAGGGGGAUUGAUGAAGAUGGAGAGAGUGGUGGUGGAGGUGGAGAGAGAGAAGGGGUUGAAAGCAGAGGGAUAGAUAAAGGUAGGACAUUAAAGAUAGAUAAGGAUAAUGAUGGCGGCAGGAGAGAUUCUUUAAACAUGGAGAGUGACUCCACUUUCCAACAAAUCGAGGACAUAGAAGAGAUAUUUUAAUGGAACUUACAUUUUGAACAAAAAAGGAGCACACCUUGGAUCAACUGUGACACCUUGGUCAACUGUGUGACACACUUGAUGCAAGGUGUGUUAUGUUUGAGUCAUUUGAAUCAGUACCCACAGUAAUUAAUGAACACCAACUGACCCCUGCUCCUAUAGCUACAAUUGACUUUAAUGACGUUUGCAUUGCAAUGAUUAUAAUGCCAGAUUAGAAGGACACCACCUUUUUUCCUGGCAAGUGCCUUGUAGUCAUGAAUACAAUCCACAUAAUUUGGAAUGUAGUAAAAAAGUGUGAGUUUAUACAGUGUAGCACGUUUCCACUCCCCACAGUACUCAAAGAGUGUUUCACAGUGCAUUCAUAUUUAUAGUACACAAUAUACCGGUAGUACAGUGCACAAUAUGUAAUACUAUAUACAGUGUGUAUAUUUUAUGGGGCUGUGGUGGCAUUGUGGUUGGUCUAAUAGACCUGUGAUGAAUGUGUCACGAGGGUUGUAUCCACCCAGAUGUGCCUCCAGGCCUGGGCUGGAAAUCUGGCAUACAGGGCAUUUCCCAGUGGGCUGACAGACCUCAGGGGCAGAUCAUAUUGUUUUUUUUGUUUUUUUGGUCAUUUUCUUACAGACUGGUGCACAAUUUAGAGGCGACGGUGCAAAAAUACCCAAGCCUUAUCGGUAGUCCCAGUCCAGUCCUGAGGUCCUCUAAGGUUCACCUUGGUGAUGAUAUCAUCUCCAGACCACAGCUCUCAAUAGCUGUCAUGGCUGCCCCAUGCUUACGGGUCUGAUGGGCUAAAUGCAGGGUUGGACGUGUUCCCAUUGAGGAACUAGAACAGGAGGUAGAAGUACUGCAGUUGACAGUAUAGAGUGCACUCAUUUCCAGAAUGUAUGCCUCCUAUUCACAAAUGUUAUCUUUUUCAUGAAUAUUUACCACCACCAUCAAUUUCUGUGUAGUCAUCUUGUAUGACUUGUAAAUGAACACAGUUCAUUGGUGGAUCUUCUCCAUGUCUGUUUUUUUUAAUUAUUAUUAUUGGAUCUACUGGUCAUAGACAUCCUAGGCUGCAAAACCCUUUGUAUUUAGGCCAGUAAAUAAAAGUAGUAAAUAUUUGUGAAAUUUGUGAAUGGGUAGCAAACAAUUUGGGGAAAAAAUAACACUACCUUUAAACUAAGAAAUAUAAGCUUACAAUGUUUGUGUUUGAGAUGUGAGUGUGAAAUGUAUUUAAUGAAUCUCUGAGUGCAAAUAUGUGCACAUACAAUGUGAUUAUUUACAAAGGACAAGCUUUUAAACCUAAAUUUGUGUUUUAUGUGUUUUUUUACACACUACUAUUCCAAACAUCUAGUAUGUAUUUUGAAUAGAAACAUACUGUAUAUAUUACAGAAAGGGCUUACUGUAUCAUUAAUGAAAACCAAAACAUUGUAUUAAAUGCCAAGAAGAAAAAUAUCCUAAGCUAAAGAACUACCGUAAAUGAUGCAAAUAUCAAGAACAUAACUUCUUUUUUUCUUUUCUUUUUUUUUUUACACUAGGCAGCCUACUAUGUGUACAGCUGAAUCAUUACGGUUAUGCCAAAUUCCCCCACUAGGUGGCAAGUGUCUAUAUGUGUGGGUCAGUAAAGGAUGUUGAGUUGACGCCGCUGUUCUCUGUUGACAGAGUCAACAGGUGAUGCAGUUUGGACUCAGUUGGGACCAUAGCUUGUAAAGUGAUAUCUGUAAUUACUUUAGAAGCUGUCUUUAAAAAAAGUAGGUCUCAUGAAAAAGUCAUUCCGCAAAGUGUGUCAACACUAGAGGUAUAGGUGUAUUUCAGUGUACCCUACUCUUUUUGCUUCAAGGCUACUUACUCUGUUCUCUGUAAGUGCUUUCCUUGCGUGUGUAAGGGAUUAUGUACACUGUGUUGUAUACAUGUACUGUUUAGCAUAUACUCAAAGCCAACCAGUUUUGUGUGUGCCUGAAUAUGAGCGUUGUUUCCACUUUUUCUCUCUGGAAUGAAGAUAAAUAUAUUAUACUCAGUAUCUAUCUAAAUAAAACA